AUGUCCUCCGACCCGCGGCUCCGCCUCUCCAUGGCGAACCAGAGCAACGUGCCAAAGGAGUACGUUCGUGCCGUGGAUCCGCAGCUGCUUCCUCCGCGUGUAGGGCACAAUUGGAAUGACCAGGCGUUUCGCGCUAAGCAAGGUAAGCCACAGCAGCUGGAGGCGGAGUUCCGCGGCAAGCGUGUGUUUCCUGCCACGCAGAACAGCACGUUCCCAGCGCAGGCCCCAGAUAUGUGCCGCACGGCGCAGCAGCUAGUCGAUGCCUUGAUGUCCUCUUCCCUCAACCGUAAUACCGCUACACGCAAAGUUCGCGCUGCUGAGGAGUUACGGCACGUAACGCUGGAGGACAAGGUUUUGCGCUUCUACGCUUUCUUCAAUGAGCCGGCACCUGAGGCAGGAGCGGCCUCGUUCUGGCACCGCAAGGUGGUCAUCAGUUUCUUCCCUGUCGACGACACCAUCCUCAUCGAGGAGCCGCACAUCAUCAACAGCGGCCUUGACGGCGGCGUGUUUCUGAAACGGCAGAAGGUGGUCGCUGAUCCACGGCAGCGGGAGAAGUUCCCCGGUGAGGAGUACGUCUCCCUCAACUUCUUCAACGUAGGAGAUUCCGUGCGACUCAACGCCACGGACUUCUUCUUGUAUGACUGCGAUAACUUCACACGCGACUUCCUCACGGCCCUUGGCGUUGAGGUAGGGGCACCGGUAGGGUGUCCGGACGACCUGUUCAUGUCUGAGUAUGGCCGGUAUCAGGAGCGACUCAAAUCUGGAAAAUUCGGCCUGCUUUCGCAAGACUAUGCCGCCGACGAAGCGGAGCGCUCCGUCCGCUUCCUUCGAGACGGUGGAAUGGUGCUUCGCUUUUACGCCCUGCUCGACGAGCGGGACAGCGUCCCUGGUGGGAUGGUGCGAAGGCUGGAGGUGAUGCUGUUCGUGGAGGACAAUUCUAUUUCUAUCGUGCAGCGGCAGAGCUCGUCAGAGAGCUGCCGGGGCCUUUACCUGUCGCGAUGCUGGCUUCCUAAGUGCGGCUCGGUGGCCAAGACUAACGAGCUGACGUUUACGCAUCGCGUGAAUGGACAGCGCGAACCGGACAUGGGCAUCCCAGAUGCCUACUACCGCGAUGUGGAUCUGGACGUCGGCAUGACGCUGAACGUCUUUGGGCGCUCGGUUUUUUUGUACGACUGCGAUGACUACACACGCGAAUUUUUCAUGCAGCGCUACGGCGUCUCUUUGCAUCCGCCCAUCGACGUUUCGAAUUACUUACAGGGAGACGCGCGCCGCACGGUGCUCGGGACAGAGGGACCAACGAGGAGCGUCGAUAGUGUGAGAGGUGUGGUGGGGCAGCCAGCCAGCGCUGCCGACGCCGGAGACGCCGACGGCUCUCUCGCUGUUGCCUCGGUCAAUAGCGCUGCAGCGGCGCAAGACAUACCGACCGACACGCUGCGUUUCCGUGCUGUGCUCGCCCGCCCUGCCAACCAUGACGACGAGCAGCGCCGCUUUACCGUUGCGUACUACACCAAAUCCGAGGAGUUCGUGGUGCAUGAGAGUGCGUUCCCGAAGGCCGGUAUCCACGGUGGCUGCAUAUGGAAGCGGAAGAAGGUGAUGAAGGUUCCGCCGAAGCCUGGUCCCCGCAAUGCGCCGAAACCGCUGGUCGUCCCGGGCGAGGUGCCGCACUACACCCUCUCCGAUCUGGGUGAGGGCAAGGAGCUGGUCAUCAAUGGUCUACCGCUGCGUUUGUACAGGAUGGACGCGCACACCGCCACCUUUUACGCCCGCUGCUCCGGUACGCUGACUGAAGACACUACUGGCGGGCCAGCGGUGGUGACCGAUGCGACGGGGGCGAUGGUGACGGUGGACCACCUCGUCUCGGAGCUUCGCAGCUACCUUCAAUCUCGCUACGGAACUGGUGUAGCCUCAUUUCUGGCCCUCGAUCGCGACCGCGACGGUAUUGUCAGCGUGCCAGAGUUCACCAUGGCGAUGAAGGUGUUCCAGAUCACAGAGGACAAGGGUGCAGCGGCCGCUAUCUUCGCGCGUAUCACCCCCGCACGCGACACGGGGUACUUCACUUCUGUAGACUUGAUGAAGUGGAUGGACGCUGCCAGCGAGGAUCACAGGACGACCUUGGUACGUACUGCCAGGAUGCCAAGCGGCGGCAGAGAAGCCGAACUGAAGGAGAUCGAGCGGCGCGCGGUACGCUCAAAGGUACUGAGGGAGCUGAAGUCCCGCUUAGAUGCGCGGUGCUGGAAAGGUGCAGACAUGUUUCGCCUGGCGUCCACCAUGCCGCGUGCCUACGGUGGUCGUCGGGGUGACUUGUAUUCUUUCACAAACCCCGACCGCGACACUGUUAUCACCCCAGUGCAACUGCGGCGUUGCAUUGAGGAGAUUCUCACUGGCACCCCCACAGCGGCAGAGAUGGCGUGUAUCUUAGAGUUCUUCUUCCCUAGUCUUCCAGUGGAGGCCUACACUCAAACUCGCGACAACGGCACCGCCCACGCUGUUGACUUGAACGAGUUCCAGAAGCGCUACUACAUUAUGACAAAGGAGACGAUGCUGCCGGACGAUGGUGAAGCUGCCGCCUCAAGCUCGUAA